AUGGCAUCGCCCUCGUCCCGCGUGACCUUCCCACAGCCGCCGCAGCCCGAGUCGUGGUUCGCGCCGCUGUCGAUCGAUCUGCUGGUCAGGGUGCUCAAGGUGACUGUGUUUCACCCAUUCGUAACAGCGCUGGUGCCGCUGUGCCUGCGCGCGCGCGCGAUGAUGUGGGAGGCGCCGACGAUGCUGGCGGCCUUUGCGUGGGCGGCCUUUGUGUCGCUGCUAUGGGUGGCGUCGGCGGUGAACCAACGCAUCGCGCACGGCAUCCCGCGACAGGUCGAUCUUGGCGAUGAGGUCAUUGUCAUCACCGGCGGCGCGAGCGGCUUGGGCAUGCUGGUGGCCGAGGUCUACGGCAUGCGCGGCGCCACGGUGGCGGUGCUCGACGUCAAUGAGAUGGAGAAUGGCGAGGCUCGCGGUGUGACAGCUUACAAGUGCGAUGUGAGCGACUACAGGCAGGUUGCGGCGACGGCGCUCAAGAUUGAGGAAGAGCUCGGAACGCCUACGGUGCUCAUCAACAAUGCCGCUAUUGUGGUCGGUAAAUCGCUACUCGACCUUUCCGUUGACGAAAUCGAUCGCAGCCUGUCGACAAACCUGCUCGGCCCGUUCUACUGUCUAAAGGCAUUCCUGCCCGCCAUCAUCCGCAGCGGCAACGGCGGCACCAUUGUCAAUAUUUCGUCCGUUAUUGGUCACCUGGGCGCCGCGAAGCUCAGCGACUACGCUGCGGCCAAGGCCGGCCUGUCGGCCAUGCACCGGUCCGUGGCGGCGGAGCUGCGCGAGUCGCACCCCGAGAUCAAGACGGUGCUCAUCACGCCGGGCCAGCUGAGCACGCCGCUAUUCUACGGGGUGCAGACGCCCAGCAGCUUCAUCGCGCCCGUCGUCGAGCCCGUCGAGGUGGCCAAGGAGAUUGUGGCGGCGAUUGACCAGGGCAAGGGCGCUACGACGGGGAUGCCGCUGUAUGCGCGCUGGGUCGACUGGUACGCGGUGCUGCCGGCGGGCGUGCAGGUGCUGGCGAGGAAGAUUUCAGGCGUGGACAGAGGGAUGCGGACUUUUAUCGGGAGACGCGGCGCUGCGGAGGGUAAGAAGCAGCGAUGA